CUCAUUUAUCUGAAAACAAAAAGCUUUCAAAGAAAUGAAAGGCUGGACAGCGCGCCUGCUUUAUGUUGUGGUGCUGAUGAGUGCAACUGUGAAGUGUUUGGAAGAGGAUGUCGGACGGUGUGUUUUUGGUAAUUUCCUGAGCCAGUUGGAAGAUGUAUUUGAUGAAAACAGAUCCAUGGCCAAAUUCUCUCUCCGUAAACCAUCCUAUCCUGACAAAGACCUGUGCUACAUUGUUCCUGGCAAAGCAGAUUCUCUGAGAGCCUGCAGCUUCAACAGCACCUCCAAAAUGUUCCUUGUCAUCCACGGAUGGGCGCUGAGUGGACUAUUUGAGGGCUGGGUGUCUAAACUGGUGUCAGCACUGUACGAGAGAGAACGAACGGCCAACGUCAUCGUGGUGGACUGGCUCCACUUGGCCCAGAGUCACUACGUGGUGGCAGCUCAGAACACCAAAGUCGUGGGACAGCAGAUCGCUCACUUCAUCGACUGGAUUGAGGAAACCACCAACAUUCCUCUUGUUAAUUUCCACAUGAUUGGCUACAGCCUGGGUGCUCAUGUGGCCGGGUUUGCUGGCAGCCACGCAAGAAACAAAGUUGGAAGAAUAACCGGUCUUGACCCAGCUGGUCCUAACUUUGAAGGGGAACACGCCAACAGCCGCCUUUCCCCGGACGAUGCCCACUUCGUGGACGUCCUCCACACCUUCACACGAGGCUCGUUGGGUCUCAGCAUUGGUAUCCAGCAGCCUGUGGGCCAUGUGGACAUUUACCCCAAUGGAGGCAGCUUCCAGCCUGGCUGCAACCCCAGGGGGGUGCUAGAGAAGAUGGCCAACUUUGGAAUAUUUGCGAUCACUGAUGCAGUCAAGUGCGAACACGAGCGCUCGGUCCAUCUCUUCAUUGACUCCCUCCUGAAUGAAGAAAAAGCAUCCAAGGCGUACCAAUGCGGUAGCAGCGACACAUUUAACCGCGGCGUGUGUCUCAGCUGCCGCAAAAGCCGCUGCAACACAGUGGGCUAUGACACCAGCAAGAUCCACAACGUGCGCAGUGUCAAGAUGUACACCAAGACACGGGCGACGAUGCCAUUUAGAGUUUACCAUUAUCAGCUGAAGAUCUGCUUAUCCAGCAAAGUGAAGCAUUCAGAGAUGGACCUGUCACUGAUGGUCUCAUUGUAUGGAACCAAAGGAGAAGCUGAAAACCUGCAACUUAACCUAAAUGAGAAAAUAUCAACAAAUAAAACAUAUUCGUUCCUCCUGGUGACAGAGAAAGAUGUUGGUGACCUUCUCAUGGUGAUGCUUAAGUGGGGGGACACAAGCGACUGGUCUGCCUCCACGAUGCUGGCGAUGGUUUCUUAUUUGUGGUCUAGUGACUCAAACAGUGCCAGCAUGGAAGUUCAGAAAAUCAGCAUCCGAGCCGGAGAGACACAACAGAAGAUGGUGUUCUGUGUAAAAGACCCUCAGGCUCAGGGCUUGACACAGGAGGCCACGUUUGUUAAAUGUAAGGAUGCAUGUAAGACGACCCAAAAACAAACUCUGAAAGGGUAAAUGAACAUAGUAAUAAUAAUGAUGAUGAUAAUAAUAAUAAUGGUGGAGAGUAGCUCUGGCUCAUGUAGAGGAAGAAGAAUAACUGCUCUUGUUCAUUUCAGCACAUUGAAAUUCAUUUAUAAAACAGUAACUUAAUUAUUUUGAAUGAUGGAAAAUCUGUAGUGCCUUUAUAUAACUACAACUGUGUUAUUUAAAAUGCAUGUGAAUACUUAUUAUAUUUUGUAAACAAUUUGUUGUUAUCACAUAAAUCUAGUAUUGUUGAAAAUGAGAAUAUAUACCAUCUUUUGCACAAAAUUAACAUGAGAGAGACAGAUACUCUUCAAAGUCACCGAUGACCAGGAAUAUCAUAGGAUUUUAUGAGUUAUGUAGAUUAAACAAAAACAAAACCUGUUUUAUGUUUUGAUCAGGUAUUGGGGAAAAAUGUCUUUAUGGUGUGUGAAGUUUUACAAAUUGUUGAUAACAUGUACUCCCAAAAUGAGAGGACGUGUUUUUUUUUUUUUUAAACUCUCCAACAGGGUACAGUGUAUUUAAGUAUUCUCUAACUACUACAUGUCAGUGUGCCUUAACAAUCAGCAGAUGUAAGCAGUUGUAAAAUGAACUUUAUCUUUAUUUAUUGCCUGCAGACUGAUGUUUGAAAGGGCCGUACUGAUGACAUUCCAAGGUCUGAGUUAAAUUGAACUUUAGGACUUUUACUAAACCAUCUGAGAAUGUAAGAAUCUUUGCUUCCAUACAGUUUGUUUGCCAGUAAGCGACACCACAUUGUGCUUGUUAUGCCACUAUGUCAAGGAGAGUCAAAUGAAUGUGGAUAAACUGCACAGACCACAUGAUGCACUUGACAUAAUUUGAGAUGGGAUUUAUUCUAUGCAUGAGUUUAUGUUGCACUUCUAUUCAUAAUUACAAGUUUGUGACAUGCCCAAAUCUGUCACUUCACUUUUAUGAACAUUUGGAAAUGUUUGACAUUUGCACUCAAAGCAGGGAAAGGUUUGAUGCUUGCGGGAUAACAUUUAUUGUAACACAGAUGAUGAUGAUGAUGCCAUUUAUGUUGGUGAACAGUGUUAAUUAUAUAUUUUUCACUUGUGGAAAAACUGAACUGAUACAUGUAUUUCUGCAAUUCUGAUAUACCUGUCAUAAAUGAGAAUUCUUUUAAUAAAUCAAACAUGCAGUUUUAUUGAAUUUAAAAUGUGACAUUUAUAAAUACACACCCACACAUACACACACACACAAACCUGCACGAGGGCCCAUUAUGUUGUUGCAUUUGUUGCACCAUUUGACUGACUGUGUCAAGUUGACCCGAACAGUGUCACAUAAGUCAAGUUGACAAAGCAAAGAAACCCAGAUGUUUCACCAAAACAAACAAGCAAAUAAACAACCCCCCCCCCCCCCCCCCCCCCCGCAAAAUAACAUUUACUAUUAGUUUGUGAAUCUAUUUUCAUGUACAACACGGCAGCCUGAGCAAAGUUAGAGGACUGAUGGUUUUUGUGUGUAUAUUACUGUACACGUAUCACUGUACAGACUCUCCGCUCUUCUUCAGACAUGCAGACAUGUCUUGAAAAAGCUGCAAAUGGAUGCACAUUGACAUGCGUCACACAUACAGUAGUCUUCAAAAUAAUAACAGUGUGUUUAAAAAAAGUGAGUAAAGCUCAAAUCCUUAUAAUAGCUUUUAUUUCCACACACACAAAUGCAUUGGGAACACUUCACAUUUUAUUCCAAAUCAAAAUGUGAAAAAAAUAUGUAUCUAAUUUGUUAUUACUAUAUA